AUGAACGGCACCACCCCCACCUCCCUCCCCCCUAUGGGCUUCGUCGCCGUCGACGUGCACUUCACGCGCGUCUCCGGCGACGCCUACAACAGCGACACCUGGCCCUUCCCCCUCAUCCGCCAGGAAGCCGACGGUACCUCGAUCCCGCACCUGGUGACCGACGCCGCCUACCCAUCAGCCUUCAUCGACAGCUUCGUGGCGGCGGCGCAAUCCCUCGCCGACAAGGGCGCCGUCGGCAUCAUGACCUCGUGCGGCUUCCUCGCCAUGGCGCAGCCCGAGGUCGCGGCCCGCGUCUCCGUCCCCGUGGCGACCAGCUCGCUGUGCCAGAUCCCGAGUAUCCAGGCGUGGUUGCCGCGCGCCAAGAGCGUGGGCGUCAUCACGUUCGACGCGGUCAAGCUCACAAAGGGACAUUUGGUGAAUGUGGGCGUGGCGAGGCCGGAGGCGGUGCAUAUCGUGGGGCCGCCGGAUAACGGGGCGCUCAAGAGGCUGGUGCGCGAUGGAGAGGUGCCGUAUAACCAUGCGGGCAUCGAGGAUGAGUUGGUGCUGUGUGCGCAGGAGCUGGUCAAGGAGCAUCCCGAGUUGGGCGCGAUUGUGCUCGAGUGCACGCAGAUGGCGCCGUUUGCUGAGGGGAUCCAGAAGGCCGUGGGGCUGCCGGUUUAUGAUGUGUAUACCCUGGGCUGCUGGUUCUACGAGGGCUUGGUGAGGAGGAGGCCGGAGCGUUGGGGCGCCAUUAAUGGUGUCGGGCCGAUUGCGUAG